GGGAUGCUGAGCUUAAAGCUACCUCGUCUGUUCAGCAUCAAUCAAGUGCCUAAAGUUUUCCAUGAAGACAGCAUCAUCUUCGGCUACAGGCACCCCCGGAGCUCGGCCGCCGACUGUGUUCUCAGCCUCUUCCAGAUGACCAACGAGACCGUCAACAUCUGGACUCACUUCCUGCCCACGUGGUACUUCCUGUGGAACCUGCUGGCACUGUCCUACACCCUGGAUUUCUGGAACGAAUCCUACACAUGGCCGCUGCUGGUCUUCAUGCUCUCCAGCUGUAUCUACCCCUUCACCUCCAGCUGUGCUCACACCUUCAGCUCCAUGUCCACCCGCGCUCGGCACAUCUGCUUCUUCUUUGACUAUGGGGCUCUCAGCAUCUACAGUCUGGGUUCCGCCAUUGUCUAUGGAGCCUACGUGAUGCCCGAGAAAUGGAUUGACGGCAGUUUCCAUGGUUACUUUGUCCCCAUGGCCGUCUUCAACACCGUGGUGAGCACUGCUCUCUCCUGCUACUCCAGACUGGGCUUCCCUUUCGUUCGCUAUAACCACGAGGUUAUGGAAAGGUUCCCUGAACUGGAUCAACCCAAGCUGUGCAAACUGCUGCGAGUGCUGGCCUUCGCUUAUCCCUACUUGUUCGACAACAUUCCUCUCUUUUACAGGCUGUUCCUUUGCUCGGGUUCUGGCUGUACUCACAAUGAAACCCUCUCACUUCACUACCAGCACGUCACCCUUGCGUUCCUCACCAGCUUCCUCUACGCAACACACUUACCUGAGCGCCUGGCUCCAGGAUGCUUCGACUACAUCGGUCACAGCCACCAGCUGUUCCACAUAUGCGCCAUCAUCGGCACCUAUUUCCAGAUGGAGGCUAUCCUGGCCGACAUGAGGUCCCGGCACGCCUGGCUCACGGCUCAGGCGACGCUGCCCUCCUUCAUGGGGACGCUGGGGGCGGUGAGCAUGGCUCUGUCCAUCAACCUCAUCAUCAUUGCCCUCUUCUCCCUGGCUCUGUACUGGCCUAACCACUCCCCAAAGAUGAAGAGACAACAGGCAUUCGAACGGGAGAAUCAAGACUGAUUUGGGCGAUGGACGCCCACCAAGCCAACCACACCACCUCUCCCCACCAGGCAACCCGAUUUCUGAAGACACACAGCACCUUCCAUUUGAAGGGUAAUUAAUGAAUGAAUUAGUUAAUGACUGGAAAAAGGUUCCUGGUUGAGGCCAGGACACUGGAACCCUUCUAGGAAAGGGAUCAAUGCCUCAAUGAGACUACGGUUGGGCAGGUGUGGAUGGAUCAGAUCAAAUAAGCCAACGGGUCCUUUUCACAAGAACUUUUCUUUCUUGCAAUGAAUGUAUCUCCCAAAUUGAAAGCUCUGUCCCUUUCCGGGGUGUAUGGCAAGUCCAUGCAUUGGGCAGUGAAGCAGCUUAGGCUCCAAUUCAUUGAGGUGCGGUGUCGUAUUGGCCUCAUAAAGGGGUAGUGCGCCUUUUUUAUUUAAGUGUGGUUAUAUCUGUGCCAUUGGGGGUGAGCUGAAGGUUACUUCCAGCAGUUAAAGCACUCACCUCUGGUGCUCUGGCACGAGUAUAAUCCAGGCUACAGAGGCUCCGGCCUGCCUGUCCACUACCCAGCUGUUGGGGGUCAGUGGAGUAGGUGGACCCGAGUUCCAUGAGGCCCAAAUGGAGAGCAGGGCGGAAGGCAGGGGAGAUGUUCUGGUUGGGGGUGGGUCAGUGAGCAUCUGGGUCUGAGACAAACUGGGCCCAUUACCUGGUUAGUCCAGUCACAACCCAUCCACACUGACCCUCGCUGUUGGCCUCUCAACUGAAAGGUAACG